GUGUUCGUGUGUGUUGUAGACGGCGCGCUGCUGCUGGCGGCGUCCAGUCUGUCGGGCCGCUGCUGGCAGGGCUCUGUGUGGGUGUACAGUGACCCCAAGCUGGCGCCCAGCGAGGGCUUCUGUAAGGCGGGCGUUCAGACUGAAGCUGGAGUCACGGAUGCGCGGUGGAUCUCAGAGCGCUCGCUGCUGCUGGCCUCAGACGCAGGUUCGGUGGAGCUGUGGGAGCUGGCGGAGGACGAGCGGCUGCUGAUGAACCGCUUCACUCGUCUGGAGCACGAUGACGUGGUGACGGGUGUGAGUGUGAGCGCCGGCGGGCGUCUCGCCGUCAGCUGUAGUGUGGACUGCAGGAUCAAAGUGUGGGAUCUGAACCAGGAGACCGUCACCAGCUCCUAUAACGCUCACUCUCAGCCGGUCAGCGGUGUGUCGUGUUCUCCUGUCGACGAGUCUCUCUUCCUGUCAUGUGCUCAGGACGGACGGCUUCUGCUGUGGGACCGACGGAAACCCAAACCUGCCUCUCGCCUGGACGUGGUGUCUCCCAGCUGCAGCCCCACGGCCGUCGCCUGGCACCCUCAUCAGAGCAGCACCAUCGCAUACGGUGAUGAACUGGGUCGAGUGACUCUGAGGGAUCUGCAGACGUCGGACGGUGUACGGACGAUAAAUGCUCACAGCCGCCGCGUCUCCAGACUGACGUUCUCCUCCGACAGUUCACCCCUGCUGGCCUCUAUCAGUGACGACUGCUCCGUUGCCGUGGUUACUGAAGAGCUCAGGGAAAUGUGAGUAUUGACACAUGCCUCUCUCCUCAUUGGCUGUCCUGCACCAGCCAAUCAGAACACAGGAAAUCCCCCCCCCCGAAGUACAUGGAACUGACAAUCAUUGGAAACCGUUUUUGUGUCUUAAAUAUUUUAACACGUAUAUCUAAUUUAAUUACAAACAAUUCAAUAAUAA